AUGGUGCGACUGGGAGUGAAGAUUAAGAAGCGCGGGAAAGUGCCGCAGCGCCGCCGCAAGCAGAAGCCGCUGCGCAAGUUUAAGACCAAAUUCGUGCGCGACCCAAAGGUGCAGGAGGUCUGGGACCACAACCUCACUACGCGCCAGAACUACGUCAACCUGGGUUUGCAGGCCAACCCGAACGCGCACGCAGCGUUGCGUGAGAGCAUAGCGGACGCGGAUGGAACACUCGAGGCUGCUGACGAGGCGAGGCUAUUCGAAGUGCCCGACAGUGACUUCCUGGGCGAACGCAACCCCAGGCGCGUGGCUAACUAUGUGUCUGAAGAAGAGGCCAAGUAUCUGCGCAAACUUAUCGCCAAAUACGGCGAGGACUACAAGAAGAUGGAGCGUGAUGUCAAGAUCAACAAUAUGCAGUGGACAGAACAGAAGCUGCGACGUCGUUGCGCGCGCCUGGCGCUGCUGGACGCCAACAUCAUCAGCAAACCGCAGGCAGAGGAAACACAGGACUGA